AUGGAUAUUUUUGAAAUCAUUCUCGGAAGUUAUGAAUCAUUUGUGAUUGGUGUAAAAUGUCGCUUCAAAAACCAACAGUCUAAGGAACUAGAGCUGGUGCAAUCAUUUAAUGAUCAUGUUCAUCAAGCUAGUAUACGUUCGGUAUCAUGUUCGUCGAAGUAUAUGGUAUCAAGUAGUACAGAUGAGACUAUUGAAGUAUAUAAUAUGGUCAGGCGAUGUCACGUUCACACCAUACUACAGCACAGCGGCACAGUUACAUCUUUGGCAUUCACACCAGAUGAAUCACAUUUAAUUAGUACUAGUGAUGAUGGUUCAAUAGCAAUGUUUGAGACUGGUACAUGGAAGCUAAAAAAGUUAUGGGACAAAGCUCAUAAAGGAUCAGCCGUUUCUUUCCUAGCAGUUCAUCCUAGUGGCAAACUAGCAUUAUCUGUCGGAAAAGAUAAAACUCUUAGAACUUGGAAUUUAGUUAAAGGUAGACCUGCGUACACAACUAAUCAGUCUAGUAUGAGUUCUUAUUAUUUUUUUGAUAAUAUAAUUUGGUCUCCAGCUGGACAGUAUUAUGGUCUACCUCUGAAUACUAAGUUAAUGAUUUUUAAUGUAGAAACUGCAGGUAUUGCUAUUACAAUUGAAGACAGUUAUAAAAUACACGGUGUCACAUUUAUAGCGGAACAUUUGGUAUGCUAUGGCUCAGAAAAUGGUUCACUACAUUGUUACGAUAUAAUUAAUAAAGAAAACAUAUGGGAAAUUAAAAUUGGAGAUACUAGAGUAAAGUGUCUAAUAAAAGUUGAUAAUAGACUUGUAACAGCACUAAGUGAUGGCCAUGUUACAGUAUGGGAACUCAAUGGUAGUAAAAAACCUGUUGAAAGUUGUUCGCUGUUUUUAGACUGCAGAAUUACUUGUAUUUGUAAUAAUUCCUUAAGAAAAUCUAAGAUGGUAAAGGAUGAGUCUGAUGAAGAACCUGAAGUUAAAAAUGAUAUUAUUGUUGGCGUAGCUAUUCCUGAUAAGACACAAAUUCUUAAAAGAAAACUUCCAAUUAAUGGUGUUUCAAACAAACAAUUAAAACCUAGUAUUAAAAAAAAAAAAAGUAUACCUAACAACUGGAAAGUUAGUGAAAAUGUUUAA